AUGUCCUCAGAAAAGCACUACCAGUUUGAAGUGGCUAUGGCCUGCUCCGGAUGCUCCAACGCAAUUGACAGGGUAUUGAAAAAGCUUGCACCUGAAGUAUCUAAAACUAAUAUUUCGCUCGAUGCACAAACCGUAGAUGUUUACACCACCUUGCCUUACGAUGUGAUUCACGAGAAAAUCAAGAAGACAGGAAAGGAGAUCAAGAGUGGCAAGGUGUUGUAG